UUCAGUUUGUGUUUUAUCGUCUGUUACAAACAAUUAUUGUAGAGUCGAAGUGGAGACGCAGUGGAUGGAAACGUCAGUGGAGUGGUGAGAAGCCGCGCCAAGGAGGGCAACGGCUUGGUCCAUCUUGGCGCCACGCGAGGACCCCUUCUUCUCGUCUCGUGCUUGCCACGUGGCACAAAUCCAACGGCAUUCCCGCGACGCCGUCAUUGACGUCUUCCUCAUCCCUGAUUUCAAGACAUUCAAAUAAACUUGUCAGCUUCACUUCACAGCUUCAGAAAGUUUCCAGCAAUGGACGCCAAGCGCCGGAAGCCCUUGCAGACCAAGCUUGAGCGCCGAAACGCCAUGAAGAACAUAGAUUACCAAGCUCCCACCACCUCAUACGACGAAGUCGCUUCUCUUGACCUUUUACGCCAAACCAGCUACAGGUUAAAGGGCUUCGACGAUGAGGUUGACCUUCUUUUUCGCGGUUUAGGACUUUCUGGACCCGAAGACUUUGAAAUCCCAACUGCAGAAUGGAGAGCCCGAGAGGCUCGCUCUAUCCAUAGUGAUAGUAACCCACUGAUUGAAAAAGCACGAGAUGAAAUUCAAAUUCCUGCUGAAUUUCAACGCCGGGUUGAAAUUAAUAGUGAUAUAGAGCUAAAAGGUAAGAAAUUGCAAGCUGGGAUGGAGAGGAAGAUUACUGUUGCUUAUUCUAAUUCGAAUGCUUUGGGGUCCAAUCAGGAUGGUGGUAGAGUAAUCAAAAGUGUUAGGCCUUCUGUUCUAUUGCCUCCGCCGCCGGGGAUGGUGCGGCGGCCAAUCGCUAACAGGGUUACUGAUUUUCCAAUUCAAGUUAGACGCAUUAGGUCUACUGGCGAAGAUGAAGUGAGGGUCCCUAAAGGAAAUGAGGAGGCUGUUGACGGAGAUGAAGAUGGUGGUGGUGGUGAUAAGGGUACUGGUGUGGUUGAUGAGUCAGUUCUUAACGUCUCACCAUAUGGGUCAUUUAGAUGCGCUUUCUCCUGUUGGCAAAAGGGAGAGAUUCUGGGAAAGGGGUCAUUUGGUACGGUUUAUGAAGGCUUUACGAGUGUGAGCAGUGAUGGGUUCUUCUUUGCUGUGAAGGAGGUUUCUUUGCUGGAUGAAGGAAGUCAGGGCAAACAGAGCAUUUUCCAACUUCAGCAGGAAAUAUCUCUCUUGAGUCGGUUUGAACAUGAGAACAUAGUUCGAUAUCUUGGCUCAGAUAAGGAUGAAAGUAAGCUAUAUAUCUUCCUUGAGCUUUUAACAAAAGGGUCCUUGGCAAAUCUCUAUCGAAAGUAUCAUUUAAGGGAUUCUCAAGUUUCUGCAUACACACGGCAGAUUUUAAGUGGCUUGAAGUAUCUUCAUGAUUGUAAUGUGGUUCACAGGGACAUCAAGUGUGCUAAUAUAUUGGUUGAUGCAAGCGGAUCAGUAAAGCUUGCAGAUUUUGGAUUGGCAAAGGCAACUAAGUUUAAUGACCUUAGAUCAAGCAAAGGCUCCCCUUACUGGAUGGCCCCUGAGGUUGUAAAUUUAAAGAGCCGCGGCUAUGGUCCGGCAGCCGAUAUAUGGAGCCUAGGAUGUACAGUUUUGGAGAUGUUGACUCGACAGUCUCCUUACUCUGAAUUGGAAGGGAUGCAAGCAUUAUUUCGGAUUGGCAGGGGCGAACCUCCACCAAUUCCUGAAUCAAUAUCGAAAGAUGCUCGAGAUUUUAUUCAAAGAUGCAUACAAGUUAACCCUGAAAAACGGCCAACCGCAGCUAUAUUGUUGGAACAUAAAUUUGUAAAAAGAAAAUUCUUGCCUCCAAUAAUUCCUGCUCCUCCACUUGUUAAUGAUUUUCGGUCUUGAAGGUUCUCAAAUCUCAAUCAAGCAUGUUGGCGUUCACUAAGAAAGUCUUUCUACUUAUCAUUCAAUCAAGGAGACACUCAUUUCAGGCUUUGUAUUAUGGAAUUGUUACGAGUCCCAAACUGAAGAGUCUCACAAGUGAAGUGUGAUAUAUAAGUUCAAGAGGCUCUUUCACC